ACAGAACGAGACCAUCUGAGCGGGACAGACUUUCUGUUAUCUUAAUAUGAUAAAAUUUUGAAUGUGUUUUUCUGUCAUUUUAUUGGACUGUGUGCAGUUGUAUUGUGCAGUGAAAGAGCAACACAAACUCGUUAACAAACCAGCUGGAAGAGUUUUUAUGGUUGUACAUCAAAAUGUUGGCUGUUCAUCUUGUUUCUUUCUUCUUCUCCAAACUCCAGGAGGACCCUACAAAGAAGGUGGACAGGUUUCUGUAUGCCAUGCGUCUCCAUGAUGAUCAGCUAAAAGACAUCUCGGCUCGUUUCCAGGCUGAAAUGAAGAAGGGGCUUUCAUCAGAAAGUAACGCUGCCGCAGCGGUAAAGAUGUUGCCCACACAUGUCCGCUCCACUCCUGAUGGAACAGAGAAAGGACAGUUUCUGGCGUUGGAUCUUGGAGGCUCCAAGUUUAAGGUGCUCCAAGUUAAAGUGAGAGAGGGCAUGGGGAUUAAGAGGGGAGGAGUUGAGAUGGAGGAGAGGACCUACCCGAUACCUAAGGAGCUACUCAUUGGGAAAGGAACAGAGCUAUUUGGCCACGUGUCAGAGUCGCUAAAGGAUUUCCUGCAUCAGAGGAACAUCAGUUUGGAGAAGAAACAUCCUCUGGCCUUCACUUUCUCUUUCCCCUGUGAACAGACUGCCUUAGAUCAAGGAUUCUUGUUAGGCUGGGGUAAGAACUACCGGCCUCGAGGCCUCCAGGGUAAAGAUGUGGUCCAGACCCUCAGAGAGGCCAUUGACAGAACUGGGGGUUUGGAUGUAGAGGUGUUAGCCAUGGUUAAUGACACCGUAGCAACCAUGAUGACCUGCGGCUUUGACGACGAGUACUGUGAAGUAGGGCUUAUCAUCGGUACUGGCACCAAUGCAUGCUACAUGGAGGAGCUGCGUCACAUUGACUUGGUGGAGGGGGACGAGGGCAGGAUGUGUGUGAACACAGAGUGGGGCGGCUUCGGAGAUGAUGAGUCGCUGAAUGAUUACAUUACUGAGUUUGACAGGGAUGUCGAUGCAGCCUCCAACAACCCUGGAAAACAAAUCUUUGAGAAGAUGAUCAGUGGGAUGUAUCUGGGUGAGUUAGUGAGGCUGGUUGUAUUGAAGAUGGCUAAACUUGGACUGCUGUUUGAUGGACGUGUGUCUGAUGCCCUGAGGACUAAAGGGAAGAUAACCACUGCACAUGUAGCAGCCAUGGAGGAGUACAAAAAUGGCCUGAAGAACACCAAAGACAUUCUUACGGAGCUUGAUUUGAACCCAUCAUCUGACGACUGCAUUGCUGUCCAACAUGUUAGCACCAUCGUGUCCUUCAGGUCUUCAAACCUGGCCGCUGCAGGGCUGGCAGCCAUCUUAAGUCGAAUUAAGCUAAACCGGAAUCUGAGGACAUUGAGGAUCACUGUGGGUGUGGAUGGAACCGUGUACAAGACGCACCCACAGUAUCCUAAACGUCUCCAUAAAGUAGUUCGCCGAUUGCUUCCUGAGUGCCAUGUUAGAUUUGUCCUCUCAGACAGCGGCAGCAGCAAAGGAGCUGCCCUGGUGUCAGCCGUCGCCCAACGACUGGCAUCACAAAGGCGACAGGUGGAUGAGACGCUGGCUCCCUUCAGACUGAGUCAAGAGCAGCUGCAGUUGGUUAAGACCAGGAUGAGGGCUGGGCUGGAAGCAGGGUUGAAGAGUAAAGGCCCCUCUACUAUCAAGAUGCUGCCUUCUUUUGUGUACCGUACACCUGAUGGCACAGAAAAGGGAAAGUACCUUGCCUUGGAUCUGGGAGGAACAAACUUCAGAGCAUUGCUGGUUAACUUUAAAAAAGGACUGCAACAUAAUGUACGACUUUACCAUAAGAUCUACACCAUACCACAGGAGAUCAUGCAGGGCACUGGUGAAGAGUUGUUUGAUCACAUAGCGCAGUGUGUUAGUGACUUCCUGGACUACAUGGGGAUGAAGAAUGCUCAUCUUCCCGCAGGCUUCACCUUCUCUUUCCCCUGCGAGCAGACAGCUAUUGACACGGGCACAUUGGUGAGCUGGACCAAAGGCUACAAGGCCACAGACUGUGAAGGGCAUGAUGUUGUUAGCUUGCUGAGGGAGGCCAUCAAGAGACGAAAUGAGUUUGACUUGGACAUAGUAGCAGUAGUGAAUGACACAGUUGGGACCAUGAUGAGCUGUGCCUAUGAAGAUCCUCAGUGUGAGAUUGGACUGAUUGCUGGAACUGGCACUAAUGUUUGUUACAUGGAAGAACUGAAGAACAUUGAGAAGACUGAACAAAAAUUUGGAAAAACAGAGGAAGGAGAAAAAGAGGAGCAUAUGCAGGAUGAGGGGACUGAAGGAGAGAAAAAAGAGGGAGAUGCUGAGAUACCAAAGAUGUGUAUAAACACAGAGUGGGGAGGUCUAGGUGAUGACGGUUCUCUGGAUGACAUAAUCACACCUUAUGACGUUGAGGUGAACCAAAACUCACUCAACCCUGGAAAACAAAGGUUUGAAAAGCUGACCAGUGGGAUGUAUUUAGGGGAAGUUGUCCGUCAGGUUUUGUUGGAUUUAACCAGAGGAGGUUUGCUGUUCAGAGGACACGUUACUGAAACUUUAAAAACACCUGGAAUAUUCCAAACCAAAUACCUGUCACAAAUAGAGAGUGACCGCCUGGCUCUACUGCAGGUCAGAUCUAUUCUCCAACAGCUGGGGCUCAACAGCACCUGUGACGACAGCAUCAUUGUCAAAGAGGUAUGUGGAGCAGUGUCACGUCGUGCAGCUCAGCUGUGUGGGGCAGGAAUGGCGGCCGUGGUUGAAAAGAUCAGAGAGAACAGAGGCCUGGACCAUCUGAAUAUCACUGUAGGGGUAGACGGGGCGCUCUACAAACUUCAUCCACAUUUUGCUGGAGUCCUCCAAGAGACUGCCAGGAUUUUGGCUCCUCAGUGUAACGUGACCUUUCUGCCAUCAGAGGAAGGCAGUGGGAAGGGUGCCGCUCUCAUCACAGCUGUGGCUAGACAGAAGCAUGACUGAAAAGAAAUAUUUACCAAUAUUUUAUUUUUACUUUCCUCAUAAUGUUGAGUGCCCAGUUCCCUCAGCAGUGCCAAUCUUGGCUGGGUCCUUUGUUGGUUCUGUUGGUCUGGGAGAGCUGCAGAUUGCUGUGUGUUAACACACAGACACAAAUGGAUUCAUCAAUAUUUUAAGAGCUUGACCUGAAGGGAAUAACACAUGCAGAGGUUUUCAUUGCAUGAACAGAGCCGCCAAAGAUUUAAUUCUGAUACCCAAGAAGAACUGGAUUUUUACAAAAUGUUUGUCAAUCCAAUCAAUUAAAAAAAAAACAGUUUCCAGCAUAUAAGAGAUAUCUUUCUGGCCUAGCAAAAAUAUUUGGUUCUUGAGGGGUUUCUAAUAAUUACUGACUCAGACGUGGGGAAUGUAUCACACCCACAGCUGCGUGCUCACAUGUCGAUGUUAGCCGUGCACUGAUUAGACUCUCCUUUGAUAUCAACUCCAUGCAAUUUGUUUUUGGAAAAGACAGAACACUCAUAUCAUAAAUCACACACUGCAAACUACACAAGGUUACCACUUCAUAUAAGACCAAAUAAAAAGUAUAUAUUACAACUGUUUCAACUUCAAGUGCAGUUCAGUUGUCAAAAUGUGAUUAUACUGAACAUAUGAACAGUCUCAGUGAGUUGCCACUAUGUGUUUGUUGUUCUUUUGUGUUUAAGAUUUACACGACUGUAAUUUGUAUCAGUGAUUUGGUUAUAAGUUCCUCAGUUCUUCACGCCAGAUAAUUCCUUAACAACAAUUUUAAUACAUAUUAAAGAGAAGGGGUGUGUGUGUGUGUGUGUGUGUGUGUGUGUGUGUGCGUGUGCGUGUGCGUGAGCAGUGUGUGUGUGUGUGUGUGCGUGUGUGUAUGUCAGCACUAUCUCAGUAUUGAUGAAGGGCAGGAGGAGGACUGGAAUGCUACUGUGCACAUUUCCCGACAAUAAAACAACCGGUACUCUGUUCGGUCAUUCUGGACUGACUCAAUGUCCUUGUGAUCGCCUGUCUGUCUCUCUACUCUCUGUCUGUCUGCCUAUCUGUACCUCUGUACCAUUUUGGUCAUUCUGUCUGUCUGUCUGUCUGUCUGCUUAAUCUGUCUUGCUGGAUAUUUGCCCAUUUGCCUGUGAUUUUAUCUGUCAGUGCAUGCUGAAAUAACGGUACGCAUGCAGAAACACGGAGUUCAAGGCAUUUGAUGUAACGAGUGAAGAUGGAAAGUUUUAAUAUUGUAUGUUUUUGUGAAUGUGUUGGUUAGACUUUUUAUU